AUGGCACCAUUACAACUUAAGGGCAUCACUCUCGGAGAGAAACAUAGAUAUUACAAUGAACUUGUGAAAGAAGUUAUUGACAAACAACGGCCUGAACAUCUAGCAAAGAUCAACUACGAUGAUCCUGACUUAGACAAUAUUUUGAAAAUCGAUAUAGCGAGCAGCAACAAAAAUGUUGAAUAUAUUCUUGACGUAUUCAAGUGUGAAGACAUGUUAUAUGUGUCCAGAGCUAUAAAGCAAUCUAAUUGGUUAGUAACAGAUGAACAAUAUGCAUACAUUAUUAAUCCUAAAUAUUUACAUUCUCAACUUUUUCCCUAUAUGACUUCUAAAGCCAUAAACAAAUUAAUACUUUAUAUAAGAUUGAACCUAAAAGAAGAAAAACGUGUCGAGGAAUUCUUUAAUUUUUAUAAAGAAAUAGACGCUACAGUUGCACUUAAAUGGCUUCCAAACUGUUCUUUAGAAUUUACACUAAAUGCCAUUAAAACUUACGCUGAUAUAUUUAAAGUUCAGCUCCUGAAACGCCUCUGCGAAAAAUCAAUAACAGUGCUUGAAACGUACGUUAAACAGCCAUAUCAACAUAGUAUUUGCGCUGUGAUGAAUGCAACAACUUUUCUUAUAAAUGAUCAUUUUGAAAAGUACUUAGAAAUAAUGGAAUCCGUUAAAAGGUAUGAGACUCCGAAGCUUAAAGCGAAAUACACAAAAUUAAUCAUGGAAAGAAAACCGCAGAUGAUUUUUGACAGUUUUGAAAAAUACGCUGAUGAUAUACAUCUGCCAACUUUUGUUAAAUAUUUAAGAGCAGAAAAUAUAAAUCAGUUCUUGUUAGAACAUCACAAAAACAAGAAAUUGCGGUAUUGGUUUUGCCAUGACAACCUUAAGCCAUUUAUUCUGAUGACACCGCCAGAAAACAGAUUAAAAUUGGUACAAAAAUUUUUAAAUGACCAAGAUAAAGAUGUUUUUGAUCAGGAAUGCGAAGAUGACUAUGAUAAGGCUUCACACAAUUCUGUUUCUAGUUACCAUUUAUAUAAGUAUGCACCAUUUAAAACUGCUUUCGUAGAAUUGAAGAAAUUAAUCCGAGCGGAAACAUCCCCAAAUGAGCGUGUUUCAUUGCUAGAAGUGUUGUUAUAUUCUGCUGGACGUAAUAUGCUACAUAUUCAGACUAUACUACAAUAUUUUAGAGAAAAACACAUCAAUGAACCAUUCAAAUUUAAAAUAAAGUUUAUAAAUAGCGUGCUUGAAAAAAUCCAGACUUUCAAAUUAAGUGAGCCAAUGUGGAAAAUAUUGAAUGAACUAUUCAGUAGCAUGGAAGUUUAUAGCGAAUCACAAAAUAAUGUACAACUUUGUGUUAAAGUAGCUAUUGUUCAAAAAAUUCUUCACAAUGAGGAUCUACCAGAGAUCUUAGGAAUUAAGUUUUGUUUCGAAACAUUAAAACCAUAUAAAAAAACUUUAAACGAAAUAGACAGUGAUAAAAUUUUUACUUAUUUAUAUAACUCCCAAGUCGUAAAAAUUGAUGCAUUAAAUGUAAUCAGUGAAUCAGAAUUAAGUAUAAAAAUUCACUUAGUUGAAAAUGUUUUAAAAUUAUUAAAGGACUGGGAUAAAGACCUGCUCGAUUUUCCUUUUGUCCUAACUAAAAUCAAAGAACUCGUAACUAUAAAGAAAACCAAUUCCUGGAAUGCAAAUUUUUCUUGUUUAUAUAAUAUAAAAAAAUCUUGGAGAAAACAUUUGUUUGUCAUAUCUCUUGAUUUAUGGCCUACUCAAGAUACUUGCGUGAAUGCUUUGAAACACGAUCCACAAUUGUUAUCGACUUCAAAACACGUAUUGGAGUCAGUUUACUGUAACGAUAGCUUAAUAUUAAAUCAAUUUCUCAAUAAACUACGCAUGUACUGGUCUUCCUGUUUAGGCAGAGAAUGUGUUACGUUUUUUCUUGAUCAGCUAAAUCGUAAAAAUGAUAGAAAAGGUCUCAUUCGACAUCUUUUUGUUAUUUUGCCACAAAAAGACUAUUUUCAUAUUAUAAAGAAUUACGUACCGAAGAACGAGACCAUUGAUUGGAAUAAAGACGAUAAAAUGUUAUUGGAUAUUCGUAAGAAUAUUGCAAAACGUAUUCACAUCACUAGACCGCAAGCUUCACUUGAAGUCGUAUUAUGGUAUGCUAAAGGCGAUUAUUUACAGUUUGCUAUUCCUUCAGUAUUAGCAGUACUUUCAAAUAUGAGUUCUAUAAACAUUCAAAAAUAUAUUAAAUCUUUGAUAGAAGCUCCAGUUUCUUUACAAAAAUACGGUAUUCGUGCAGCGAUUGAUAAUCUUAAAAGUGAAGAAAUUAUUAAUAUAUUUUCUAAUACCUGGAAAAAUACCAAAAAUAGCUCUAUUCGUGCAGACCUAUUUAAAUGUACUUUUAAACUUUUGUGUAAAGAGAAAAAUGUGAACACAAUUGAAACAAUAUGGAUGUUAUUAAAUAGUUUUAUCGAUACAUUAACAGAUGAAGAGAAUAAAGUAAUUUAUGAUACAUUAGCUGCAGUGGAUCGAGUACCGCUUUGCGUAAGAGUGGCUUUUUGGAAAAAAAGUUAUAAUUUUCUAAAAACUUUGCCACCAAAAUGUAAUUGUGAUGCACGUGUUAAAAGAGUUAUUUUUAGUGCAUCUGAAUUUAUGGAGAUUGUAGACGUAGAUUUCAUUUCAGAAAUAUUUUUAGAAAGGAACGGCCUGAAACUGACGACAAAUACAAUUGAUCUUGAAGUUUUGAUGUCUCGUUGUUUAUUGUCAGUGAAAGAUGUUGAUUCACAAUAUGAAAGAUAUAAAAAAAUUAUUUAUCCAAGUAUGGAAUUAUAUGUUGCAUCUUGGAAUAUACAACAUAAAAAUGAAUAUCUAGUUCGACUUAAAUUUUGCAAAUUGCUUAAGUAUAUGUGUCAACACUUCAAAGAUAUUGUUGUAGAAAAUGAAAUGGUUAUUCCUGUGAUUGUAUUUGAUCAAAUUCAAAAAUAUUUAGAAUUAAAUCUACCGACGGAAGAAAAUUAUACGUUACUGAGGGCUUGGAAAUUAGUUUCUAAUUUAAUAAAAACCAUAUCUCAUAAUAUGUCUGUUAAAUUAAACGAUAAAAUAAGUGAAUGUAAACUUUCUGAAACACGCAGCGAAAUUUCUGACUAUUUUAAUGUCUUAAUGUUACAAGCAAUUCCUAAAUUUGGGAAACAAUUGCAGCAAUAUUUAAGAGAAGAUAUAAAAUUGUAUUAUCCAUCAAUUUAUAUAAGUUUUGGUAAAGCUUUAAAUUUAAUGUGUAAUUUCUUUUGUUUAGAUUACUCAUUGAAGUUACAAAUAUUAAAAACUAUUUUAAAUAUUGAUAUUAUAGAAAGUUAUUUGUUAGUUAUAAUGUUAAUUCCUAAAUAUAUACCAGAAAUACAUGUGGCAGAGAAAACUGAAAUAAUGGAUAUUAUACAUUCGCAUCCAUCACCUGAAGUUAAAAUACAUUACUAUCACUACCAAUCAGAUUAUUAUUUAGAUAAUUUUUGA